CCAGGGCACGGGUGCCCGCCCCGGCGUCUGAGUGUCCUCCGCUGCAGCCAGGCCCUGUGUCUGGGACUCCUUUGUGACCUCGCUGCAGACCAGCGGGUAGGGUGCUGUGCACGGUCAGCCGCUCACCCGGGUUUGGGGAGGCGGACCCCGUGCGUCCUAGGCAAGCAGCCGCAGGGUGAGCGCCCCUGCAGUGCCCCUCGGAGCUGGCUGCGGAUGGCUGCUGUGCAGAGCCCAGGCCUGCAGCCCAGGCAGCUCAGCUGCGAGGAGCAGCAGAAGCUGAGCAGCGAGCGGGUGCUGGUAUCCGACUUCAAGCAGCAGCAACUGGAGAAGGAGGCGCAGAAGAACUGGGACCUUUUUUACAAAAGAAAUAGUACUCACUUCUUCAAAGACAGACAUUGGACCAGCAGGGAGUUUGGGGAGCUAAAGGCAUGUAGGGAGUUUGAAGAUCAAAAAUUGACCAUCCUUGAGGCUGGCUGUGGUGUCGGAAACUGUUUAUUCCCUCUCUUAGAAGAAGAUCUGAGUAUCUUCGCCUAUGCCUGCGAUUUUUCUCCAAGAGCAGUUGAAUAUGUUAAGCAAAACCCUUUGUACGACCCAGCGAGGUGCCGAGUGUUCCAGUGCGACCUGACGGCAGAUGACCUGCUGGCCCACGUGCCCCCAGCCUCCGUGGACGCCGUCCUGCUCGUCUUUGUGCUCUCAGCUGUGCACCCGGGGAAGAUGCACCUUGUUCUACGGAACCUUCACAAGGUUUUAAAGCCAGGCAGAAGUGUCUUAUUCCGUGACUAUGGGCUCUACGAUCAUGCCAUGCUUAGGUUUAAAGCUGGCAGCAAACUUGGAGAAAACUUUUAUGUUCGACAAGACGGAACCAGAUCGUACUUUUUUACCAAAGACAUAUUUACAGGGAGAAACAGAGACAGAGAGAGGAGGAGAGAGAUAUUCUAUCUGCUGGUUCACUCCCCAAAUGGCCACAACGGCCAGAGCUGAGCUCAUCCAAAGCCAGGAUCUAGGAGUUUUUCUGACUCAGCUUGAGCCACCCUUCGCUGCCUUGCCAGGCCAUAAGCAGGGAACCGGAUCAGAAGUGGAGCAGCCAGGACCAGAACCGGUGGCCAUAUGGGCUGCCAGCACUACAAGGUGAAGAAUUAGCCUGUUGGUUCACCAUGCCGGGCCCCAACAUUUGAUAGUCUUUAACUCAAGCUAUUAGCAGUGUGAUAAGU